AUGAGCCCCGGCACCAGUUACGAUGGUCUCGCGAGCUCUGUGCUUGGCAAACUUGGUCUGGAAGGAGUGAAGAGAGUUAAGAAGUUUUUCUAUCGCAUUCCAAUCACGGUGCUCCACGAUACGGUGAAGUAUGAUUGUUUCACGAUCGGGAGUGAUGAGGACUUGCAGGUCAUGUUUCUUUCUCGUAGGCAGUUUCCGGAGGUGAGGACACCGGAGCUGUUGGCUAAGUUCGUCGACGUGGUAUCUAGCUCUGGUGGGUCGAACCGGAAUGCCAACACUAUAGCCACGGCGGCCGGUUCGAGCUCGAGACCUGCGGUUGCUUCUUCCUCCGUUCCAGUGUAUGAGGCAGCGGUCCAACCUACCGCCUCCCCAUCGUUUGCUGUUGAUCUCGCCGGCAAUGUUGGAGACGAGGUUGGAUAUGAUGAACAUCAUCCGACUGAAGUACAGUUUCCUCCUCCGGCUGGUGUUGGUGAGGCAUUGUGUGAUGAUCCAGAUGAUGAUGAAGUCGAGCCGGAUAUUAUCGCUGAUGAAAGCGGUGAUGAUGUUGGAGCGAGUGAUCCGAUAAGGCCUACUGGUGGUUCUAGUUCUGGCACCAAUCAGUACCCACCCCAUUUUUCAUCGUUGGAUCUGGAUGCCAUGAGGCAGGACGGACAUCUUGGGCAGGUAGCUGGAUUUGACGCUAGAGAUACCGACGGGUCUGCCGGUAUAACAGAGUUCCAGGUUGGUCAACAGUUCCAGGAUAAAGACGAGGCGCUGUUGAGUGUCAAGACGUAUAGCAUCCGCCGAGGGGUACAGUACAAGGUGGUUGAGUCUGACUAUCGCCGGUACGUGGGAAAGUGUUCUGAAUUUGGGAAUGGGUGCACAUGGUUGAUUAGGCUGAGCCUCCGACAGUGCAAGGGCAUCUGGGAAGUCAAGCGGUACAAUGGGCCGCAUACCUGUCUCGCCACCUCCAUCUCCAGCGACCAUAGGAGCUUGGACUACCACGUGAUAGCGACAUUCAUCAUGCCAAUGGUUAGGGCUGACGCAUCCGUCAACAUCAAGGUGCUUCUAAAUGCAACGGCAGCACAUUUUGGCUUCAGGCCUACCUAUCGGAGGGUGUGGAUGGCCAAGCAGAAGGCGGUAGCAAUCAUCUACGGGACUGCGAUGAGUCAUACAACGAGCUCCCUCGGUGGGUCUUAG